AUGGGCAACUGCUUCGGCAAGCCCGACUCCUCCGGCUCGGGCGGCGACAGCAACGCCGGUGGUGCACGACCCAGCAACACCCCGGGGUCGGCGUCAGCUCCGAAGAAGAAGAAACCCCAGAUUACCGAGAAGGGUCGGACGCUGGGAGAGGCCGCCGCCAGUGGUUCAUCUCCAGUCCCGCCGACGGCAGCUGCGGAUGCAGCACGACAGGCAGCGCUGGACCGUCAUUCAGAAAACAACAAGAAGACAGGAGGGAAAAUAGGGACCAGUCUUCAGGCACAAAAGAAGAUGACGGACAGGCAGGUCUUGAGCCAGGCAGCAGAGGAAAGUCGGCGGCAGAGAGAACUCGACGACCAGGCAAGGGCGUUGCGGAAUGAUUAG